GCUGCAACAUGUCUACCACAAAAGCAGGUGAUACGGAUGAGGUUUUUGAUUUUAAUGAAGUGAUACCAGAGACUGAAAGACUUGACAGCAGCUUGCAGAAGGCUCGAGCCCAACUCUCUAUUAAGGCAAGACGGCAGCGGCCAUCCAGAUCACGACUACGCGACAGCAUAAGUUCCACAGAGGGAGAUGACAGCUUGGAAAGAAAGAUUGCAGAUAGUUAUGGAAGUCCUCUGCACAGUAUGAGAUCUCCUUUACAUUCCUCCCUGCGGGGCUCCUCUCCAUCUUCAGAAUCUGCUAUCUCUUCAGCAUCUCCCUCACAGCGAGCCUCGUCCUUCUCGUUUGAUGUUAACAUUGUGAGGAGGACACUUGAAGAAGGGGAGCAGGCAUCAAUGGUGAUGACCCGGUACCAGACUCUGACUGAUGCUUCCUCCCAGGAAGCACUGGGCUCGACUCCUACUAGUUCCCCUUCCAAAUCCUGCCACAGUUCUGACACCUCCCCAGUUCACAUGAGGAGAGAGAGAAGAACAGAGAAGCACAGUGAAGGCUCAGGGGAGAGCAAAGAAACAAGUCCAGCAGAACCAGCAAGUCCCACAGUAGGCCUGGACAGAAAAACAAGGCGGAAAUUUUUGGACCUUGGGGUACAGUUAAGAAGAGCCUCCUCCUCAAAAGGAAGGAAAGCAGAGAAGACAGCUAACAGACUGUCUACUGGUAGCAGGGAGUCUUUUGAAAGUCCAAUCAGUAUCUUGGCCUCUGCCAAGUCUGCAGUGCCACAGUUUGUGCCUUUCUCAUGGUUCAUGGACAGCAGCAAAGGAUCAACGUCCUCAAGUGGUACAAUGUCACCCACCUGCUCGUCAAGGGUGUCCUCCCAGGGACUGGUCCCGAGAAAGUCUGCUUCCCAGGAAUCCACACUGAGUGAAGACACCAGCCCACGAAGUGCAAGCCCCAGAAUUUUUAGUAGUUCAGCUGCUGAAUCAAGAGCUACACCUACCCACACUUUCUCUCUGUCCUCGGAUGAAUUUCUUGAUGAAGGACAGCCUUAUUGCCUUGUUUCUACCUGGACAACUCAGCAAGUCUGCCAGUGGCUGACUGAGUUGAACAUGGACCAUUAUGUAUCAGACUUCACCGCUGGCAAUGUUGAUGGUGAACAAUUAUUGCACUUGGAUGGAAGCAAACUGAAGGCUUUGGGAGUUAUCAACUCACAGGAUCGAGCGACUAUCAAAAGGAAAAUCAAAGACAUGAACACAGCAGUUGAGAAAGAAAGAAAAGCCUUGGAGAAGCUGGAAAAACAGAAGGAGAAGCAGAAGAGAAAGGAACAGGAACAAUUGCAGAAAAAGAGUUAAGCUGGGCAGAAUGACGAGGUGUAAACACACCUAAACAUUUCUUUCCAGUUCUUCAGAUUUUAAAACAUGAGCAACAAGAAGAAGUGCAAGG